AUGCCCUCCGACGGCGAAUCGUCGAAUGAUCUCGAAAACACCGCGCGUCCGACUCCCAGCCGCAGCUGCGAUCUCUGCAGGAAGAGGAAAGGUGUGUGCUCAUUCCAAGACGUCGCGGAGACCCACUUAUUCAAGUGCGCAGUGCGAUGUGAUGGACCCAACAAGGAAGGUGGUCACUGCACGCUCUGCACCAACCUCAAGCUCACAUGCACUUAUCUCGAUCCCGUGAAGAAACGCGGCCCCAACAUGGAGGAAUUGCGGCAGGAAAUCCGCACGCUAAAAGCCAAACUGCGGUCGCUCUCCCUCUGUCCAGUGUGCUCUCGCUUGAUAAACGACUGGGAUAUCGGCCCGCCGCCGCCGGCAACACCCGUGCCAAAGCGCAGACGAAGCCGAGAAUCCCCUCUAGGAGAGGAGACUGAGAGCCGGGUAGAGGAUCCGCUCGGGUGCAUUAGUGAAGAACCCUCCGUGGACGGCCAGCGCGUCGAGAAGAUGUACUUUGGGCCUGUCAGUUCGAUGGCGCUGGCGCAUCUGGCUGUUGUGAAGAAGGGAAAACAUCAUGGGCGUCCCCAAUUCCAGACGCGAUCAUUCUGGGACGUUCAACCGUGGGAACGUCAUUCAUACACGCAGUUUCCGGCAUACAAAUUUCCCGACCCGGAUCUCAUCUACAAGCUCGUCUCUCUCUACUUCGCUCGUAUUCAGCCCACAUUUCAACUCUUGCAUCAACCGUCUUUCGAAGAACUGCUCGCUGAAGGGCGCCAAUACCACGAUCCCCAGUUUGGAGCACUUCUGCUCGCUGUCCUCGCUGUCGCAUCCCGGCUUUCUGACGACGUCCGGGUUCUCUGCAACGGUUAUUCGCUCUUGUCCUCGGGCUGGCCAUUUUUCAGUCAAAUCCGUUCGCCACCCAUGAUACCGGGUCCCAGCGUACAUACCGUCCAGUCUUAUGCGUUGAUGGCUCUGUACUCGCUUGGGAUCUCGAUGCCCGAAUUGUCUUGGUUUUACAUCGGCUUGGCCACCCGAUUCUUGCAACAUCGCGGCGAGCAUCAGCGCAAGCGAAAAAUGGACCAAUUGAAUGCAUCAGAUGAGCAAUGGAACCGGGCGUUCUGGACGACAUUCGAUCUCGAUCGUGUAGUUAACUCCGUCUUCGGUCUCCCUACCGGGUUGCACCUGAAUGAAUGCGACGCCGAUCUGCCGCUCGAAGUGGACGACCAGUACUGGUCAAAAGGAUUCACACAGCCUGCAGCCGUUCCAUCGCGCCUGACGUUCUUUGCAUUGCAGGUCAGACUGAGUAUCGUGAGUGAUGGAGUCGAAUUUGUCGAUAUUAUUGUUCAUCCGGAUGAUGAGAUCCUCGGCGAUGCUAAUCGAUUGUACACCAAGGCGAAAGCCACUCAAACUUCUUCAGAAAUAAGAAAUGUGCAGGCUGUGAUCGAACAGCUCGACUUCGCUAUGCAAAGCUGGCUUGGAUCGGUUCCAGAGGAUUUACAGUGGAACAGCACACAUCCGGACCCGGACAGCGAGUUCUUUGACCAAGCAUGUUGCCUGCGCAUGGCAUUCUUAUAUGUGCAGUUGGUGAUUCAUAGACCGUACAUUCAUCGGGAGGAAGUAUCUGGGUCGCCGUCUCUGUCCAUCUGCAUGUCCACUGCCCGAGAUCUGAUCGAAGCAGCUGACGUUUGGAUCACAACGCGACAGCAGGCACCCGGAAUGUCAGGCAUCUUCACGCAUCAUGUGUUCUUCGCCGCGAUCAUGCUCAUCGUAACGCACAUCGGCGAUCAGCCAGACGAGAUGGCCCAGGACAGACCGUACAUCGAGAAAACGCUAGGCAUCCUCGAAUUCGGUUCUGCUAGGUAUGCUGGGUCUGAUCUCUGGUGCCUCGGUCAGUCCUCAGCUGCGCCCAGGUGGCAAUCCUCCGGCCGAUUCUGGGAUAUGAUCAGCGAGUUCAAGCACUACUUCCAGGAACCGACGCCUGAAGCCGAAAUAUCUACGACUUCUACUCAAGAUGUCGAUACCCAGACAUUCCUAUCAAGCCCAGCGUCCCGUGAUGCUCACCUUGAACCGGGUGCUUUUCUUGACUCGCAGACACUAGAACAGAUGCUGGCCUCCGAUCCGGUGGGAUACACAUUGCCCUUCUAUGAUACCUGGAGUGAUCACGAAAUGGAUGAAUAUCAGCACCAAUCAGGCCUCGCGCAGUGGGAACAAAAUCUGGAUUCCACCCGAGACCAUUGGGACCAAAUCUGGCUCGCAUACGAGCCCAUCAACACCUCCGCUUUCUAUUAAUGACUCGUUUCCUCAAUUCUGCGCGACUUCCGAGAUGUUUAUCCGGCUCGGACGACGCCCAUAGUUAUACACCUGAUCGUGUUGCCAAGUCACAAACUUGAGUGAUCAUACCACGUGAAUUGAGCUUCAGAUUCCCAAAUCGGUGCGUGCCUGAAUAUAAGUGCGCGAAUGUAUGUGAGGUCAAUGAAUACAUUACAAAAUGGACUAUACAAAUGACUUCAAGAAAAGAUGCAACGACAACAAACGACGACAGCCCAGCCCACCACUCCCCUACCCUACGACGCGGGGGGCGGAGCCUGCGUCUGGGGUGGGCCCGUCCUCCUCAACGUCACAGGUUUGCCCUCAGCUGGUUUUAAGCGCUUGGCAAGAGACUCCGCAUCGCUCGAUGCUCCAUCAUGCGGCCGUUUCGCAGCCCCGACAAGUGACAAGCCCGAUCCCUCGGCGCUUCCCUUGAUACUCAAUUGCGCGGGGGCAGCUGCGUCGCCGCCGCCGCCGGCC